UAGUCGCAGCCUUGAUUGGCAGAGCUGCCUAGUGACUGACAGGGGGUCUCCAUGGCGCCCGCGUCUCCAAUCCGCCCACCCCAGUAGCGGCAAGGUCUUGCUGGUUGGCGUUUCCUAGCUGAGCAAGCGCAGCCGAACCCAACCCACAGCUCUUCCAGGCGGGAAGGCUCCCCCCGACUCUGUAACCCCCAGCCGCUCCCCGCUCGGCCCGCGGGCAUCUGCUGCGUGUCCCACCCGGGGCGCCCGCGCAGCCUCGAUGUUCCAGCUGCCCAUUUUGAAUUUCAGCCCCCAGCAAGUAGCCGGGGUAUGCGAGACCCUGGAGGAAAGCGGCGACGUGGAGCGCCUAGGUCGCUUCCUGUGGUCGCUUCCCGUGGCCCCGGCAGCCUGUGAGGCCCUUAACAAGAAUGAGUCGGUGUUGCGAGCGCGAGCCAUCGUGGCCUUCCACGGCGGCAACUACCGCGAGCUCUACCAUAUCCUGGAAAAUCAUAAGUUUACGAAGGAAUCGCACGCCAAGCUGCAAGCACUGUGGCUCGAAGCGCAUUACCAGGAGGCAGAAAAGCUGCGUGGACGGCCCCUGGGGCCAGUAGACAAGUACCGGGUAAGGAAGAAGUUCCCGCUGCCGCGGACCAUUUGGGAUGGAGAACAGAAGACUCACUGUUUCAAGGAGCGCACGCGGCACCUGCUUCGAGAGUGGUACCUUCAGGACCCAUACCCCAACCCCAGCAAAAAACGAGAGCUCGCCCAGGCAACCGGACUGACCCCCACACAGGUGGGCAACUGGUUCAAAAACCGCAGACAAAGAGACCGGGCAGCUGCAGCCAAAAACAGACUCCAGCAGCAGGUUCUGUCGCAGGGCCCCGGGCGGGUGCUACGCUCGGAAGGUGAGGGCACGCCAGAGGUGUUGGGCGUCGCCUCCAGCCCGGCUGCCAGUCUAUCGAGCAAGGCGGCCGCUUCGGCCAUCUCCAUCACGUCCAGCGACAGCGAGUGCGACAUCUGAGCUGCCCACUCAUCACACUUAGAAACAGAAUCCAGUGUAAAAAAAAUGAAAUGCACAAAAUAAAAGAGAGGACGGGACCAGCAAAUACAGCGCUGGCAGAAGCCCAGUGGCCAGGAACCCGCAGGCCUCAUCGCGACUCUAGGGCAUGCGGUGAGGCCUGAUCCAACGCCAAUUCUCUUCGCAUUGCUUUCCCUGAAGGAUCUGGCUGCAAAGACUCCUUUGGAAGAAAACUGCACGCUGAGCGCCUGCCCUUGAGUCUUCUGUGGGUAUUUCACGUCGAAAGGACGCUGUUAUAUAUAUAUAUAUAUAUGUAUAACUUUUGCUUUGAAGGUUUCUUUUUUAAAAAACAAAACAUAUAUAUGCUGUUUAUUUACUUAUUUAAAAGACUUCCAUGAUAGGUUUCUCUGUAGCUUGGGGAACUUGCUGUUCUAAAUGGGCUCACGCAGUCUGUGUGAAGAAGCCAAAUAAUAAAACAACUUGGUGGAUAACCUUUCUUAAUUACGGGA